UUUGCAUCCGCACCUUACUCUGGUCCCGACUUGGAGUGAAGUCCCUCAAAAGUCAGAUAAGUAUUUUGACAGAUAUGAAACUUUUCUCAUCAUCGUCUUUAACUGUUUUUUAUGGAAAAUGAUUGAAACGAGUGAUUUCUUCAGCAAAACUGUGCAGCACCUUGCACGCUCACUGGCUCACAUCGAAAAUACGCCAUGGGAAAAGGUAUCAAAUCUCUUCAACCUUUGCCCUGUUAAAGGCGCAACAGGAGAAUUCAAGUUGGAUCACCGUGGUCAAUCAGCAGUCAUUGCCCUUGGCAUUUACUAUCUAGAGUCAUGUCUGAAUUUCCCCAACUGUCCAUUCCCCCACAAAAAUAAAAUCCUGCCCUACUUUUUUGAUUUGAUGAGAAAUUUACCUCUAUCUAGAUGGACAGACAGCCUAUUGCUUUUCCGCAAUCGGUGCCUACCAACCACAGAAUGCUUUGCCUUCUCUCUAACCACUCUGCUUUGUGAUGUCGCGGUGCUUGACCAAGAGGCCAGAGAAGAAAUUCUGGAUUUCCAGGUCACAUUCCUGAUAGAAAUUUCACAGUUGAUUCUAAGUAAGAAACAAGACUUGGAAAGUCCAGCAAAUGUUGUGCUAUGCAAGCGGAUUGUUCCCUUGCUGUUUGGGCACGCCAGAGCCAUGGGCCGUUUCUCUAACGACCCCCUGUUCUUGAAGCUAUUCGCCAAACCCACUCCACCAGUUCUUGUGCGAACAGAACAGUCGUCUUCAAAGCAUCACAGCUUUUCAAAUUUUCGCUCCAUCAUCCCGCAGUCGUUAUCGACCACAGUUUUUGCCAAUAUCGACUCGUUCCAUUCCAAAGCCACUAACAGAGAGGCAGAUGAUUCUUCCACAUAUUUUCGGGCCUUUGGUUCGAGUUUUGAAGUGAGCACCAAUCGUCAAUCUAUUCAAUUCACCGUCUCUCAUCUGGAAGCCAUUCUAAAAGUCGCCCAGCUAAGUCUUUUGGAGAAACCAGUCCUCAAGUUUCUGGAUGGUCUGGCCAGUGAAAUGUUUUCAUCUCAGUCUGUUUGCAAAUAUCCUUACAAAUCCUUCAGUGAAACUCUAAACUUGGUGCUGGUGACAGUGUUGAAACAAAUAUUGAGCGGGCACGGCCAACUGCCGCUCACUUUCAUGACCGAUAUCCAAGAAUUAGUUCGAUCGCUCUUCACAUCGGGUCAAACAGAAUUGCAGAGUCGUCAUUUCGACCAACACAAGCAUUUAAUGAUGGAAUCCAAAGCCACCAGCAAUACCCUUACGAGUGCUACUAGAUACCGAUUGACAGUGCAAGCCAACGCCUCGUGCGUAGAUUUACUCGUUUGGGCUGCUAUGGAAGAAGUGACGGCCGAGAGUGUUCUUAAUCGACUGGCAGAAAAGAUCCACUCAAAGGACAAUAAUCACCUCAUCAUGGCUCACUUGCCAUUGCUUUUAGUGUGUCUGAAAGCCCUGGGUCGAUUGGCCGUCAAAUUCACUCACCUGGCGUCCAACGUCAUUGCCUGUCUACGUGAUUUCCUAGUCGGCCCGUCUCCCAUUUUACUGCGACUGCAUCACCAAUCGCAAAACCCAAAUCCAGAAGAUCCACUUGCUGUUUCAGCCCGAGCUGCCUUCGAACGACUCAGGGAAGCCAGCAUCGACAACCUCUGCCUGGCCUUGAAGGCCGGCAUGCAAGUGGAUCCGAAUUGCGUGCAAGCUUUCUUGGCAACCGUCUCCAAUCGUCUGUUUGUGGCAGAGAAUUCAGACAACGAAAGCGCCCUGAUCGCUAACAAUACCGUCAUCACUCUGGGUCACGUUGCCGUGACGUUGAAGGAGACGGCCCGUACGGCCGAAUCGAUUUUACAGUUUUUCCAGGUGCGCUUCUGCCACCCUCCGUCGCCACUCGACGUCCUCAUCGUCGAUCAAUUAGGAUGUAUGGUGCUUGCCAAGAGCGAGAUGCACAUCUGCGACGAAAUCAUGCGCAUGUUUACAUCCAUCACUGUCGAAGACAGCAGUACCGUUUAUUCUACUACGGGCGAGACGGACAAAUCCAAAAAUCAAUAUAGGCACGUAUCGCAGGCCGUCUUGAACGCGCUGGCUAAUGUGGCCAAUGGAAUCCAAGGAGAAAAUGAAACUAACGAACUGCUAGUCAGGCUGCUGGAACUCUUUGUCCAGCUGGGAUUAGAAGGGAAACGAGCUUCCGAACGAUCCGCUUCGCUCAUGAAAGCAUCGAGCAGUGCUGGAAAUUUAGGAGUGCUGAUACCAAUUAUUGCAGCCGUUAUCCGGAGGAUGCCCAGCAUGGCUGGUGCUGGCCCAAUUAAACCUCGGCUGCACAAACUUUUCCGCGACUUUUGGCUUUAUUGCGUCGUUAUGGGUUUUACGCUCCAAGAAUCGGGAUUGUGGCCGGAUGAGUGGUACCGCGGAGUUCUGGAAAUCGCCGUCAAGUCCCCAUUACUCGUCUCUCAGACAUCGUUACGCUCGGAAUUGCGUGAACUGCAAUACACUUCAGCCUUGCGUAAUGAGAGCAUCUCCGUCAACGAACUGACGGAAUUGAAAAAUCAAAUCCUUCAUUUGCUGGACAAUCCACCUGAGGUUGUUCCAUUAGUGAAGAACCUCUCGUUUGCCCAGUCAUGCUAUCUCUUCUCCGUUUAUAGCCUCGAAACUCUGCGGGUGAAACACGCAGCUGAUACGAGCUUCGACGCCAUUUUUGAAUAUCUCUGCGACCCCGUCAUUCAAAAGGACAAAUCGGGCAUGUGGCAGUGUUUAUUGAGCGUUGGCGACCGAGUCUUCCAUAUUUUCCUCGACGUUUUGGCAUCGAAACCGAAAGACGGACGUCGCGAAGCGGAACUGGAACGACACGCCCAGUAUCUUCUUGUGCUUUUCAACCACGUCCAGCGUCAGAUACGCCGAGUGGCCGAUCGUUACCUUUCGGCAUUAGUAGAUCGUUUUCCUCAUUUGCUAUGGAAUCAGCACGUUCUCUUCGCUAUGCUGGACAUUCUUGAAGUGCUGAGCGGUUCUUUGCAUCUGGAUCCGCACCAAGGUCCUAGCCGGUUGGCUGUGCCCAAUUCGCCACAUUCCAUUGUAUUGAUGGACACUCAAGAAGCACGCGAAGGCAUCGUCAAAGAUUUUUCUGAUCGAUGUCACGAAAUAUUGGCAGAGGCAAUCAAAUGGGCUCCAGAAUCAACACGUGCCCGUCUGCAAGAAUAUUCCCACCGUCAAGGUGGAUCGACAUCGGGAGUGCAUCACGCGGGAAUGGCUUUGUUGAUAACAGAAUCGCUGCACACGUUCGCCUCUCUCAAUUGCCAAUGUUCUCCAUUGGCCAAACAGACACUGGACAAGCUCCCGUCUUGCGUCAAAUGCGACUCGCCGCGAUUCAUCGCCGUGCUGGGCAAACGAAACCGAUACUCGGGCCAGGUGGCUGGAAUGUUUAGUUGCCUGGAAUCGGACGCAGGUGCCAAACAAACGACUAAAGAAAUGGAGGAUAAAUUAUCUAAACAGCUAAUGGAAGACAUGCGACAUUCCUGUCUCGCAAAAGACGAAACGGCCCAUUACCGGGCAUUGUGGUGCAUUGCUUCACUUCUAAUCCGGAUUGAUGGAGUCUGCCGGCCUCUACUCCAUUCGAUAGCUUGGUCUCAUUUAGAACUGUUUACCACCGGGGCCGUCAGCGCAGCUGUCGAAUGUUGGCAGUGGAUUAUUUCCGCCCGGCCGGAUCUCGAGUUUUGCUUCCUGCAAGAGAUGUCCGCCGCUUGGCAAUAUGCCUUUGAAAAACGGAUGGGAUUGUUUGCUGUCGAAGAUGAAGAUGCCAUCGUUAACCCUCUGGCUGUCCACGAAGGUGCCCAAUUGCUCCCGGUGCCUCCUCUGGUCGAGCCGCAUGAUUUGUGGAUUAGAUUUCUCAUUGAACGCAUUGAAAUUGCCAAACAUUGCAGUCAGGAUCAGGUCGAGCUGUUCGCCCAGAUGUUUGAUGUGACUUUGCCAUUUGACGUGGGCAGUCGUAAACCACGGAUGAGUCGUCAUCCGGCCGCCGCUGGAACACGUUAUCGUUUACUCCAAUGCGCCCUGUCGUUGCUGCAAGGAGAUAUGCUGGCCCGUUCGCUGUCCAAGAACCUUUUGCGCGAACGAGUCUAUCAGACGUGUCUCGACUACUUUUGCUGCCGGCCUCAAUGCCCCAACAAGAAGCGGAUGGCCGAUUUGAGAGAAGACACGCUGUCCAUGAUCCGCUUUUGGCACACGAUGCAUUCCGACAAGAAAUAUUUGAAACAAAGUCUGAUUGGAAGUGAUCAGGCCGAUGACACCAUUUCUACAUUUUCAUCCAAUUAUCAAUUGACGGGCAGUGGAGCUGGGACGGCAUCAUUGGCCGGUGAUCGCGCGGGCAGUGCGUCAGGAGGUGGAAAUAGCAGCACGUUACAGCCACCCGGUUCAAGUCGGAAUAAUUACGAUGUCCGAUCCAGUGCGUCUUCGACCGAUCUGACCCGCGGCGUGGCCGGUGCUGGAUGGGCCAAUACGGUCCCAUUGAACAACGCUACUGCCAUGAGCUCGUUAUCCCGACGUGUCAAUCGCAUGAAGCGGACAAACAAUCCGGAUAACUUUGUCAAGGAUUACAUCAAGAAACGCAAUUUGAUCUUGUCCUUAUUGGCUGCUGAAGUGGAAUUCUUUUCCACCUGGUUGAAUCCGCUCUCCUUGCCGGAAUUGCAAUUGCCCGGGGAGGACGUCGUCAAUUCGUGGAGGGCCCAGCAAAUCACUGAACGAGUUUGGCGGGAUAAUGUGCGAUUGGCAUGGGACAUUAGUCCCAUUUUGGCCGUGCGUAUGGCCGCACGACUUCGUGCAGCCCCCGGAGUGGAACGUGAAAUCCAGCGACUUGUCCAGUUGACACCCAGCUGCGUGGCUCACAUUCCGGAAGCCCUGGAUUACCUCGUUACGCCGGACAGCAUCAUCAACGAAUCGCCUGAACUAACUCACGCUCUCUACUGGUCACGCGUCCAUCCAAUCAAAGCGCUUUCGUUCUUUUCACGUCAAUAUCCCCCUCAUCCCAUCACAGCUCAAUAUGCUGUUCGUUGUCUCAAUUCCUAUCCGCCCGACGCCGUCCUCUUCUACGUACCUCAAUUAGUGCAGGCCGUUCGCUAUGACAACAUGGGCUAUGUAGUCGAAUUCAUCAAGUUGCUGGCCCAGAAAUCCCAGCUGGCGGCGCAUCAAGUCAUUUGGAACAUGCAGACAAACAAGUUCACAGACGAAGAGGGUCACACGAAGGAUGACGAUCUCUACGACACUUUGGAAAGUCUCAUCGAAUCGAUCGUCACGUCACUCUCUGGGCCGGCGAAGAAAUUCUACGAACGCGAAUUUGAUUUCUUUGGUAAAAUCACAGCCGUUUCGGGUGAAAUUCGGCCAUUCCCCAAAGGUGCUGAGAGGAAGAAAGCCUGCUUGGAACAAUUAUCUAAAAUUGCUGUCCAACCGGGCUGUUACCUGCCAUCGAAUCCCGAGGCCUUGGUGAUGGACAUCGACUACAAUAGCGGUACCCCCAUGCAGAGUGCGGCCAAAGCCCCGUUCUUGGCCCGUUUCAGGGUGCUGCGAUGCGGUUUGCUGGAACUCGAACACCGCGGACUAACAAGCGACGAUGUUCCUUCAUCAACUUGUAACGGAAAUGCCGAAAACAGCAAUUUGGUGUGGCAAGCUGCCAUUUUUAAAGUAGGUGAUGACGUCCGUCAGGACAUGCUGGCCCUUCAGGUUAUUUCGCUGUUUAAAAACAUUUUCCAGCAAGUCGAUCUGGAUUUGUUUCUUUUUCCUUACCGAGUGGUGGCCACUUCGCCUGGAUGCGGAGUGAUCGAGUGCGUUCCCAAUGCCAAAUCACGCGACCAGCUAGGCCGGCAAACAGAUGUUAAUCUCAACGACUACUUUAUCAACAAAUAUGGCGACGAAAUGAGCCAAGAAUUUCAAACGGCAAGGAGGAAUUUCAUUCAAUCAAUGGCUGCUUAUUCUCUGGUCGGUUUCCUUUUGCAAAUCAAAGAUCGACACAAUGGCAACAUCAUGAUCGAUGGCGAAGGCCACAUCAUUCACAUCGACUUUGGCUUCAUGUUUGAAAGCUCCCCUGGUGGCAAUUUAGGAUUCGAGCCGGACAUUAAAUUAACUGAGGAAAUGGUGAUGAUUAUGGGUGGCAAGAUGGAAGCGCCACCGUUUCGUUAUUUCAUGGAAUUGUGUGUUCGUGCUUAUUUGGCCGUGCGGCCUUACCGAGAAGCGAUUGUAUCGCUAGUCUCACUCAUGUUGGACACACGACUACCCUGUUUCCGUGGCCAAACCAUCAAGCUGCUUCAAGCACGUUUCGUCCCGAUGGCGUCCGAUCGAGAAGCAGCCAACCACAUGAUAAAUAUUGUUCGUUCCUCGUUCCGCAACAUCCGAACUAGGACGUACGACAUGAUUCAAUAUUAUCAGAACCAGAUUCCUUAUUAGUUAAAUUUACGUGUUCAUUAACAAAUUAAUCGAAAGAUUCCUUAACGGUUGUUGGAUCAGACUAGUCCAUGUUUUACCUAAAUGUAUUGUUCAAUGAAUAUAUAAUAUAUAUAUACACACUGGG